AGCUCUCAGAGGAUGUGCUCCGACGAAUGAGGGAUUCUCAGGGGUCUGACAGCGACAAGCCACCACCAUCUCCACCAGACAGUCACGAACCACCACCAAGUCCAAAACCAACAGGACCCUCCGCCGCAGAAAUACAGGAGGAAAUCCGCAAAAACUUUGAGCGUGAACAGGCCCUGGUGCAGGAGCAGUUGGCCAGACUGGCUCAGAGGGAGAGAGAGAUAGGAGCAACCGCAGGACUGGAUGAUCUGACCCCUGCCCUCCUCAUCGAGAAAGGAAAGGCCCAUGAGGAGAAAGAAAAGGCCAAGCUACUG